UAAGCAAACAUGCCCAUUGUGGAGAAGCUGAAGGAUGCCCUGAAGCCUGGCCGGAAGGACUCGGAAGAUGUGGAACUCGGGAAGCUGCUCGCUUCCUCCGCCAAGAAGAUCCUUCUGCAGAAAAUCGAGUUUGAGCCAGCCACCAAGAGCUUCCAUUACCAGCUGGAGACCCUGAAGAGCAAAUAUGUCCUGCUGGCUCCGUCGCUUCAACCCUCCACCCCGCACAGGAGCAUAGAAGGGAACCACCGGCAGGGCAAUGGCCUUGCGUCCGGGAGCUCAGACGGCAUCCCUCUUCCUCAGAAGAUGCUUUUCCCAAUGGAGAAACUGUCUAUGAAGUGGGAGCGAGUGUCCAGAGUGGGGGCGGGCCUGCAGAAUCUGGGGAACACUUGCUUUCUCAACUCCACAGUGCAGUGUCUGACCUACACCCCUCCUCUCGCCAACUACUUGCUGUCUAAGGAGCACAGCCGCAAUUGUCAGCAGGGCGGAUUCUGUAUGCUGUGCAUAAUGCAGAACCAUCUCAUCCAAGCCUUCGCCAAUAGCGGAAACGCCAUCAAGCCCGUCGCCUUCAUCCGAGAACUAAAGAAAAUUGCUCGUCACUUUCGAUUUGGGAGCCAAGAAGACGCUCAUGAAUUCCUGCGUUAUACUAUUGAUGCCAUGCAGAAGGCCUGUCUGAACGCAUACGCCAAGUUGGAUCGGCAAAGCCAAGCUACGACUUUAGUGCACCAGAUAUUUGGGGGAUACUUGCGCUCUCGAGUGAAAUGCUCCGUCUGUAAGAGUGUGUCUGACACCUUCGAUCCCUAUCUGGACAUCGCACUGGAGAUCAGGCAAUCGGCCAACAUAGUACGUGCAUUAGAGCUUUUCAUCAAGUCUGAUGUGCUGAGCGGAGAGAACGCCUACAUGUGUGGCAAGUGUAAGAAGAAGGUUCCGGCCACGAAAAGAUUCAGCCUUCAUCGCGCUUCCAACGUCCUCACACUAUCGCUAAAAAGAUUUGCCAACUUCAGCGGCGGCAAAAUAACAAAGGAUGUCGGUUACCCAGAAUUUUUGAACAUCCGACCAUACAUGUCUCAGUGUAAUGGAGAUCCGGUUAUGUAUGCGCUCUAUGCGGUCCUUGUGCAUUCUGGGUACAGCUGCCAUGCUGGACACUACUAUUGCUAUGUAAAAGCCAGUAACGGACAGUGGUAUCAGAUGAAUGAUUCACUUGUUCAUGCCAGUAACAUCAAGGUGGUUCUGAAUCAGCAGGCUUAUGUACUCUUUUACUUGAGGCUUCCAGAAUCCAGAAAGAGUCCUGAUGGAUCGGCGUGUAAAGUGCCAAAUGCUCAGAUUUCUCGCCCCAGCUCUGUUCCUCCUACUAUCAAGAAGACGCUCUCUAAUGGUAGCCUGUCAUCCCCUCUGAUUGGGAAAAGACCAGAUGGAGUACAUGAGAAGAAGUCACCGAAUAUGGAUGACAUUGGGGUUCCAGUGUGCCGUACAUAUCCUUUGAUCAGCAGCAAAGAGCACAACGGAGUUCCCCGUACAAGGCCGCUCAGUGCCAGCCCCUCUCCAAAGCUCAGCUCGAAAACCUCCUACUCCCCUUGUCUUUUGGAUGAUAAUAUGAGUCGGGUGAAGAAAGCUGCCCACGCCAAGUUCAAGGCAUCUCCCGAAACGCUGAGCACGAACGAAGCGAAGAUGCAAGAGGAUCCCACCAGCCUGUGCUCGAUAUCGAACUCCAAAACGUCCAACGAAAACCUUGAAGCCCAGGAGGACGCUAACCGAAAACUGGAAGAGGUGAAAAGUGUAAAAGCACAAGAACCUCCUUUAAAUGACCAAGCUGUAUCGCUGGGCACCUCCGCAAUCAGGAAUGUUCCAUCUCCAUGCUGCAGCCCGCAGAUGGAAGCAGAUCGGACGGAGCCGAACGGCAAUUUAAAAUCAAAGUCCCCCAUGUUGGCCAGUGUGCGUGAAGCUUUGACGGCCAUGUCACCUCCACCUGCCAAAAAGCUGGCUUUGUCAGCCAAAAAGGGCAGCAUGCUGCAGAGGGAAAGCAGAAAUGACGUUUACUGCCCUCCGUCCCACUUCAUCACCACCGGCUCUGCUCAUCCCACCUCCGUCUCCCCCGGUCCCACCACACCCCAGCCGCUCCAUAAGCAUCGAGACUCUCCUCAAGCCUCAGGCAGCUUCUCUUGGACUUGUAACAAACCGAAAACCUUCAAACCCCAUGAGAAACACAAAAGACCAGGUGUAGAAUCUCCCCAACUUGUCACUCCAUCAGGUCACCCAUCCAGCCUUUGCAAUACCUCCAAACGGACUCUUUUGCCCCAGGAACCGGCUGGAGACAGCUGCAUGGCUACAGCCCAGGACGGCAUCUCCGAACGAAACGGUCAACCACAACAGUCUCAUACCAUAAGCUGCAACGGGGACAGCAAGGUCAGAGAGGAAAGCAGAAUAAGGAAAAAACACAAGAAGAAAAAGAGGAAAGCGUCCGAACCCUCAGAAAUAAUAGAUGGGGCAGAAGAAGUUAUAUCCCACCUGGACCCUGAGAGUCAAACACUCAAACUAGAGAAAACUAAAAUCAAACCAAAGAAGGCCAAAAGUUUGCAGGGUCACACCUCUCUAAAACCUGUACCAGAGCCAAUGAACAAUAUUGAGAGUUCCCAGGAGGCCACGAGGAAAAAGAAAAAGAGGAGGAAGGAAGAGAGACCAGUUGAUUAUACCGACAGCGAACAUGAAGCAUCAGCGAAAAGUACGAACAUAGUGUCUGGUAAGGAUGCGGAAGGGGAUCAUGUAACCAUGAAAAUGAAGAAGCAUAAAUUGCAGAAGCACAACAGCCAAGAGAGCGAAGAGAGCGAAUCUGUUAAAGGACAAAAACAUAAAGCUCAGGAAAUAAGCUGUGACUCUGUGUUUGUAUGGGACAACCGCAUCAAAGACGGAUACAAGCGACCUCCUUCCAUUCCUUGUGCAAACAAAGCCCAGUUGGCGUGGAAUGGCACGGCGAAAUCCGGUGUUGUUGAAGAGCUAAUAAAGAAUGCCAACAAUAAAGCCUAUGGGACGCAAGUGUUCAGUUGGGAAGGAGAAAAGUCCACUGUAAGCCAAGAUGCUGAAUAUGAUGCAGAGGACGCCAAACACAGCUCGGUUAUAGAUGAAUGGGAUGAAGACUUUGAUAGUGGAAAGGUGAAGAAGAUUAAGUUCAAACGGGACAGGUUCAGAAUUCAUAACAGUUUCCAAGCCUUUCAGAACCGGCGCAGCUUCUGGUCGGUUACCCCACAACGAAACUUCUCCAGAUUCAAGAGCAGAUUUUGAGCGCAACAUGGAAGGCCGCGUGCGAUGGACACAAUAUUUUUGUAUUUUUAUCGGCCAGUCAGAGGUGCAAUAAAACCUGCAAGUGUCGGUAGCUCUGGGAUGCCGGUCCUAGCUCUGUCUGCAUUUUUAACUAAUUGUGGUUUGAUUAAGUCUAUUUCCUCAAACAUUGAGGUCCUCAGGUGAAUCUCUAGCUGUCAGGGUAAGUGGACAUAUCCGGGCAGUGCAAAAUAUAGCAAUGAUG